AUGUCGUCAGAAGAGGAGGUCCUAUCCGGUCCCCCUGCCCCUGAGGUUUUGGAGGGAAGAAUAUGGGUAGACGGCUGCUGGGACUUCUUCCACCACGGCCAUGCAGGCGCCAUGCUCCAGGCCCGCCAGCUCGGCACGGAGCUCUACGUGGGGGUACAUUCGGAUGAGUCUAUUCUCGAGAACAAGGGGCCGACUGUCAUGACCCUGCAAGAACGGCUCGCCGCCGUAGAUGCAUGCCGCUGGGUCACCAGAUCCGUUGCUCACGCUCCAUACGUCACGCAGCUGGACUUCAUCAGCCACUUUGGCUGCAAAUAUGUCGUGCACGGUGAUGAUAUUACGAGUGACAGCAGUGGAGAGGAUUGCUACCGUUUCGUCAAGGCGGCAGGAAGGUUCAAGGUUGUCAAGAGGACCCCCAGCAUCUCAACCACUGACCUGGUUGGGCGCAUGUUACUCUGCACGAGGACUCACUUCAUCAAGUCCUUAAAGAAAACCCUGGCUGGUCAAGAGGGCAAUGGGACGGACGAUGAGAAGAAAGCUGUGGGGCAAGCCAUGUCCGAACGCAUCAGGCAGUAUGCCACCGAUGAGACGGGAACUGCCCCCGGAGCCGACGUCUGGUUCUGGUCUGCAUCAGACGCCGCCAAGACUCAGGAUACCGAAGAGGAGAAGGGCACGUUCUCUUCGCAUCUGAAGGGACCGGGUCCCAGACCUGGUCAACGGGUUGUUUACGUAGACGGAGGCUUCGAUCUAUUCUCCAGUGGCCAUAUCGAAUUCUUGCGGUUGGUUGUCGAGGCCGAAGAGAAGCUUGCCCGCAAAGACGGUUGGUAUGACCAACAAGCUGUCGACGAGCGCAAGGGUAAGGGCGGCGACUAUGGCCCGGUCUUUGUGGUUGCCGGUGUGCACGAUGACGAGGUCAUCAACCAUUGGAAAGGAAUCAACUAUCCAAUCAUGAACAUUUUCGAGAGAGGCCUUUGCGUCCUCCAAUGUAGGUAUGUCAACGCAGUUGUCUUCGGUGCUCCUUUCUCGCCGUCCAAGACAUACUUGGCAAGCUCACCAUGGGGUACUCCUGAUGCCGUGUAUCACGGCCCGACCUCGUUUAUGCCAUUGUCAUAUGACCCCUACACUGGUCCAAAAGAAAUGGGCAUUUUCCAAGAAGUCCCCAUGCACGCAUUUCACGAAGUAAAUGCUGGCACCAUCGUCCAGCGCAUCAUGAAGAGCCGAGACCUCUACGAGGAGCGACAGCGAAAGAAGGGUGCCAAGGCCAACAUAGAAGCUGCCGCAAGACAGAGGGAGAUCUUGGAGGAAGAGCAGCAAUUGAGGGAAGAGCAAAGAGCGUCUUAA